GAGAAAUACAUAUAUACUCUCUCCCGCGCGCAGGCAGCACCGGAUCCAUUCCUUUUCCGUUGCGAUCUGCAACUGCAACUGCAAGUGCAAAACAAGAUCUGGUUGCAAAAAUGGCGAGUCGGUUCGGUUCUUCGUCCUCCGGUUCGACCUCGAUGGUCGUGACUAACACGCCCUCGCAGGACCUCGCUCUCACCAACUUCGCCUACUGCUCCCCCUCCGAUCUUCCUAAAUUCGCCGUCCCUGGUUAUAACAACCUCUACCUCGCUUCCGUCGCCGAUUCCUUCGUUUUCUCGAUCUCUGCUCAUGAAGGCAUACGCAAUGGUUAUAUUGGUUUGAAUUCCAUUCAGCGUCGGUGUGCCAAAGUUUCUGCUGCUGAUUCCACACCUGUGACCCGGUUCGUACCACCUGAGAACUUCGAGCUGGCACUGCUAACUCUUGAAUUGGACUUCAUUAAAAGGGUUGGAGGCAGGACUGAACAGGUUGAUGCUGUUAUACUGGCUAAGCAACUUCGGAAGAGAUUUAUGAACCAGGUUAUGACAACAGGGCAGAAAGUGUUAUUUGAGUUUCAUGGAAAUAAUUAUAGCUUUACAGUCAGUCAAGCUGCUAUUGAGGGCCAAGAAAAGUCUAAUUCUCUUGAAAGAGGGAUGAUUUCAGACGAUACAUAUAUUGUUUUUGAAGCAUCACGUGAUAGUGGAAUUAAGAUUGUCAAUCAGCGUGAGGCUGCCACUAGCAACAUUUUUAAGCAGAAAGAGUUUAACCUUCAGUCUUUGGGAAUUGGUGGCCUGAGUGCAGAGUUUGCAGAUAUAUUUCGAAGAGCUUUUGCCUCUCGUGUUUUCCCUCCCCAUGUGACAUCUAAAUUAGGGAUCAAGCAUGUGAAGGGCAUGCUGCUUCAUGGGCCUCCUGGAACUGGAAAGACCCUUAUUGCACGUCAAAUUGGAAAAGUUUUGAAUGGGAAGGAACCAAAGAUUGUAAAUGGCCCUGAAGUUUUGAGCAAAUUUGUUGGUGAAACCGAAAAGAAUGUGAGGGACCUUUUUGCUGAUGCUGAACAGGAUGAAAGGGCCCGAGGGGAUGAAAGUGAUUUGCAUGUUAUAAUCUUUGAUGAAAUUGAUGCUAUUUGCAAGUCAAGAGGUUCAACUCGAGAUGGUACCGGAGUUCAUGAUAGUAUUGUGAACCAGCUUCUUACUAAGAUAGAUGGUGUGGAGUCUUUGAAUAAUGUUUUGCUUAUUGGAAUGACUAACAGAAAGGACAUGCUUGAUGAAGCUCUCUUAAGACCUGGGCGGUUGGAAGUCCAGGUUGAGAUAAGCCUUCCAGAUGAAAAUGGUCGAUUGCAAAUUCUUCAAAUUCAUACCAGCAAGAUGAAAGAGAAUUCUUUUCUAGCUCCUGAUGUGAACCUUCAAGAGCUUGCUGCUCGAACAAAAAACUUCAGUGGUGCAGAACUUGAAGGUGUUGUGAAAAGUGCUGUCUCAUUUGCUUUAAACAGACAAUUGAGCCUUGAUGAUCUCACUAAGCCAGUGGAGGAAGAUAAUAUUAAGGUUACUAUGGAUGACUUUUUGAAUGCACUCCAUGAUGUUAUUCCUAUGUUUGGAGCUUCCACUGACGACCUUGAAAGAAGAAGACUCCAUGGCAUGGUGGAAUGUGGUGAUCGACAUAAGCACCUUUAUCAAAGAGCAAUGCUACUUGUGGAGCAAGUUAAAGUGAGUGAAGGAAGCCCACUAUUUACUUGUCUUCUGGAAGGUGCUGGUGGCAGUGGUAAAACAGCACUUGCAGCUACUAUUGGUAUUGACAGCGACUUCCCUUAUGUCAAGAUAGUUUCAUCUGAAUCAAUGCUUGGUGUUCAUGAGAGCACUAAAUGUGCAAAUAUUAUUAAGGUUUUUGAGGAUGCAUACAAGUCACCAUUGAGUGUCAUUAUUCUUGAUGACAUUGAGAGGUUAUUGGAGUAUGCGCCUAUUGGUCCUCGGUUUUCAAACUUGAUUUCGCAGACACUACUGGUCUUGCUCAAACGGCUUCCUCCAAAGGGGAAAAAACUCAUGAUUAUUGGUACCACGAGUGAACUGGGUUUCUUGGACUCAAUUCGGUUUUGUGAUACUUUCUCUGGUUCUUACCAUGUUCCUAACUUAAACACAAAUGAUGCAAAGAAGGUCCUAGAACAGUUGAAUGUCUUUGCCGAUGAAGAUAUUGAUUCUGCUGCAGAGGCGUUGAAUGAUAUGCCUAUCAAGAAGCUAUUCAUGUUAAUUGAGAUGGCAGCGCAAGGGGAGCAAGGUGGAUCUGCAGAAGCUAUCUUUUCUGGCAAAGAGAAGAUUAAUAUCUCUCAUUUCUAUGAUUGCCUCCAGGAUGUUGUCAGAUUGUAAUUUCUUGUCACAUUAAGUGCUUUCACAGUUAGAGUGCGUAGUGUCAUCCUCAUUGUGUUGGAAUCUCAUUUUUGUACAAAUCAUCUCUACAAUCUACAUUGCUUGUAACUUGUGUUCAAUUUUGCGGAGGCUUUCUCAAACACUGUUGCUUGCUUGUCUGAGAGUAAUUUUAGGAGGCAGGAGUUUGUAGUUCCUGUUUUAUCAUUUAGAGCUAUGUCUUAGUUUGAAUUGAGCUGUGCUCAAACUGGUCUUGGGGAUUCAACAUUAUCCAAACAUAUUAUAGUAAGGUACCUCAUAUUGCGAUUUCAUAAAAC